CUUUGAACAGUUUUCGUGCCGUGCACUUUGCGGACGGAGUAAAGUAAAUUUUUAACGCUGUCAGCGCACAAGAGAGACAGUGAAAGAGCGAUUCAGUGUGCGAGUGUGAGAGACAGGGAGAGAGAGAGAGCAUUUUAAAUCUCAACCGCUGUUCGUGAUAAUAAAAACGUGUAUGAGAAAUCGAUAAGAGUAGCAGCAGCUGAAGUGAAAGAAGCGCACACAAACACAGAGCGCCCAUGCUGUUUGUGUGAGUCGGCAAGUGCUAUAAAGACAUGUUAGCAUCUAAAACAUUCUAAACUAUUCAAAAGAGGCUAUCAUUACAUAUACACACACGCACAACAAAAAUGCAAAUGAAAAUGGAAAAACCAGCGCAGUUACACAAACUGCAAUCUACGGAACGCACUGGUUCCGCACGACAGCUGAGCCAGUUCAAUGAACAGUUCACCUGUCACAUAUGCCGAGGCUAUAUGAUAGAUCCAACAACAGUGGACAAUUGCUAUCAUACAUAUUGCCGCAGCUGCAUUCUGAAGCAUUUGCUGCGCGAUGUUUACUGCCCACAGUGCAAGUCGAGCGGGGGCAAACAUAUCAGCGAGGAUAACCUCAGAUCCGAUGACACUUUGCGUGCGCUGAUUUAUAAACUGGUGCCGGGUCUCUAUCAGCGCGAAUGCGAACGUCUAGCUGAGUUUAAGGAACAGCACCAGGAACUGGCUGCCGAGGAGGAUUUGCUGCACAAGUCGUCCAGGGAACAGCAACAGGAGUUCUUUUCGCCUGGAGAGCCUAUUAGUCUAUCGCUGGAAUAUCAUCCGGCUACACUCAAAAAUUGCGGUUCAACCGAAAAGCCGCCCAUCUGCUAUCUGCAGUGCCCCGCCAAUCUGAGGGUUGUGCAUCUGCAGCGUUUCCUCUGCUCCAAGUACGACAUCGAUCCGGAGAAUAAACACGUCGAGGUCGAGGUCACGUAUGAGGAUGAGGUUUUGCCGCUCAACUUUACGCUCAUGGAUGUCGGCUAUUGUUACCACUGGCAGCGGCAUGCGCCCAUGGCGUUUCGCUAUAGAAUUCUGCUGCACGAGCGCAUUGAAACAAAAAACGAUGAGAGCAAUUUGUCAAAGGUUAAACGGGAUAUUGAAUCGAAUGUCGCUGUGGCAGCCACAACAAAGCCCAGCAAAUCGGUGACCUUUGCCGAUGAGUUGCCGUUGCAUGCGACAAGCAAGACGCGCAGCAAAGCCAACAACAACAACAACAGCAGCAGCAACAAUAACAACAACAACAGCACAAAGCUAGCCAAGACCAAGCGUCAGUCGGCAGGAGGCAAACGCGAGUUGGAGGAGGCGGCAGCAGCGCCAACAAAUUUUAAGAGUUUGCGCAGCAAUGAUAUGCGCUACAGCGACUAUGGCGUGGUCAACAACAACAACAACAACAGCAACAGCACCAACUCCUCCUCAGCUGCGCCGCUGCUGCAUGUCAAGAGCGAACCAGAACCAGAGCCAGAGCUGACUAACAACAACAACAACAACAACAGUAGCAACAACAAUCUCUCGAAUCUCAAUAUUGUUGUCAGCAUUCCUCAAUCGCAGCUGAGCAAAUCGACAGCAAAUUACGGCGAUGAAGGCGCCUUCGAGCUGAAGACAGCGAAUAAGAAAUCGACGCCGCCCUCGCAACCGCUCAAACUGAAAAUCGAGCUGAACAGCAUGACGACAAAGCUAACGCUGCCCCGGUCGGCAGAGCCGCGGCUGGAGAGUGCAUCGGCGGCGGCGGCGGCGGCAUCGGUGCAACAGCAAGUGGAUCUGGAGACAUAUGUGAAGAAUAUUGGCCUGAAGCCCAUUGAGCCUGUGCAGCAGGAGGCGCUCAAGUACAGUCCGAAUGCGUCGCCCAUGUCGUCGAGCAGCUGCUCCACCAAUGGCUCCAAUGGCAGCGCAACCAUCAGCAACAGUUGCUCGUCCUCCUCAUCGUCGUCGCAUCGCAAGCGCAAAAAGAAACACUCGAAGGAGCCAAAGGAUGCGAACGGUAAACGCAAGAAGCUGCAUGCGAUGAUUAGCUCCCAGACCGAUGGCAAGAUGAAGAUGAAGAUCACAACAACACACAAUCACAAGGCGCACAAAUUGGAUCUGAAGCGAUCCCAUUCUCUGGCUGGCGGCGAGCUGGUCUCGCUCAAGCAGCUGCAGCUGGAGGAGCAACCAAAGGCGGCAACAGCAGCAAAUGUAGCAACAGCAGCAACAGCAACUAAGGAAGAUGCUCUGAAUCGCACGCUGGGCGAGGAAUCGCGCAGCAUCAACAGCCUGAUGACAGCCAGCAACAAUUGCAGUGCGGCGGCAGCAACAGUUGCUGCCGAGCCGGCGCUCAAGUUGCCCGCCUCGCCGCCGCUGCCGCCCAGCCUAUUCAAAGGCUUCAAUGCAACGGCAACAGCAACAGCAACAACUAGUGCAGCAACUGCAACACCAACAGCAACAGCUACACCAGCAACAGUUGCUGCCAGCAAGCCAACCAAAUUGGCCAAACCGCCGCUGCCUAGCAAUCACAAUAGCAAUCGUAAGCCGAGCGCCAUGCAAGCGCCACAUUUUCUCGUGCCGCAGUCGCCGCUGCGGCAAGCAUUGCCGCCGCACAUGCAACGCUAUCACUCAGCGGCGCCCAGCUCCAUUGCCAGCGCGGCCAACAAGCAGCCGAAGCGCGCCUUGUCGCUGGACGAGAGUCAGCAGCAAUUGCUGGCCAAGCAGCCGCGCCUGGACUACCAGCAACAGCAGCAACAGCAACAAUUGCAUUGCUUCAACCCUGUUGCUGCCAGGCUGAAGAACAAUGUCUAUGCGCCGCCCAUGCUCAUGCCGCAGCUGUGCCCCACCGGACGCAGUGUGACCAUAACGCCGCGGCCACGCAACGUCCAGAGCUAUGCCUAUGCCGCGGACAGCGGACUGGAAAUAGUGCGUCUGGGUGCGAGUCCGGGGCUAACGGCAACUGUUGCUGGUGCACGGCUGAUGGGUCCGCCGGCCAGCUUGCCACGGCAGCCCGCCAAGCGUGCCACAAAUGCGGCACAGUCGGCGGCAUCGCCGCCGUUGACCAUGCCGGCCAUGGUCAAGUCGCCGCCAUUGUCUGUGACGCUGAGCGCACAGCGAGCGGGCAACAACAACAGCAACAUGAACAACAGCAACAGCAGCAACAACAUCAACAACAACAGCAACAAUGUUGCUUAUCGCACAUCGCCGCCUGCUUUGAUCAAUCUGCGCAAUCCGACGACGCACGCAGCCUUUGCAGCUAAAUCAAAUGCUGCAGCAGCAGCAGCAACGGCCAAAAAGGCAGCAACUGUUGCCGCAGCAGCAGCAGCAGCAGCAGCAGCAAGCAGUCAAAGCAAAGCCAAUGGCUUGGCGCUGCUGGACAAGUCGAAAACAAGUUUGCGUGAAUUUCGGCCGCCGACAGCAGCAGCAACAACAACAACAACAACGGCAACAGUUGCAGCCAGCACGACAGCAACUGUAGCAACAGCAGCAACAGUCAAGGAUGCUGACAUACUUGAUUUAUCAGCAGGACGCAGCAGCAACAACAACAGCAGCAGCAGCAGCAGCACAAACAACUGCAGCAGCAACAACAACAAAGUUGGCGCCCACAACAGCAACAACUUAAGCAGCAACAACAACAGCAGCAGCAACAGUCUGGAGGCAGCCUUAAACAAAAUCAAACAAAACAUUUCCGCCAACAGCAACAGCAGCAACAACAACAACAACAACAGCAGCAACAACAACAAUAGCAGCAACGGCGACGAUCUACAAAAUCUGCAUAUGCUCUCCGAGUCGGCGACGGCGCGUGAGAAAAUCUCGAUCAAGUGCGGCAAUAUCUAUGAGAAUAAGCCAAAGAAUGCGGUGGUUCGGCCGCAGAAUGCAUCAGUGCGCAGCAUACCAAAUCCUUCAGCGUUGGCCUUUCGCAAUCAGGCAACGCCGACGGCAACUACAACGGCAACAGCAACAGUUGCUGCUGCGGCUACUACUGCAACAGCAGUAGCCGUGGCCAAGCCGUUGACUGUUAAAGCCGAAGAGACGAUCAAAUUGUCAGCAGCAGCAACUUUAUUAAGUCCCAGCAGCAGCAGCAGCAACAGCAAUACGCCUGCUCCUGCGGCAACCUCACCGCGCGCUUUGAAGAAGGCAACAACAAUUGACCAAGUUGCUGCCAAUUUGAACAUACGUGCCGAGGCUAAAGCCGCCGCAAUGGCCGAGGAGGCGCCACUGGGUAGCAACACCAGCAGCAGCAACACCAACAGCAGCAACAAUAGCAGCAGCAGCGGUAGCGGCAGUAACAGUGCAGCAGCAGCAACUGCAACAGAAAAGGCCGCAAGCAGCGUGGCCAAAACGGAAGUCAAGACGCCAGCAACAGCAGCAGCAACAACAACAGCAACAGCAGCAGCAACAUCCACAAUUUCUACAACAACAACGACAUCAACAACAGCAGCGGCAGCAACUGUUGCUGCUGCUGCUGCCACGUUGUCGAGUCUGCCCGCACUUUCGCUACCCGCGCUGUCGCUGCCAAAUGCUGCUGCUGCUGCCGCUGCCGCUGCUGCUGACAACGAGUCAAUGUCAAAGCCGCCCGUUCAAAUCGCCGCCACCGACACUUUGGCAUCGGUGGCAAGUUCCGCUUAGUCACAAGCGUUUCUUUGGAUGUGCGGCACGCAAAUGUAUUUGGUGGCGCCACUCGAGAGUCUGCAAGGCAAUCAGAACUCGAACGCAAAUUGAUGGAACAACAACAACCGCAACAACAACAAUAAGACGUGCCACUGCAAUUAGCACAAUGAGAAGCGCAAAGAGCGACCGCAACUUGAAGUGACUCGACUAGACGCGACUGCAGCGGCGCGUAAGCCUUACAUGAAUACAAAACUAUAAUCAUAUAUACCAAAUAACAAGAUAUAAGAUACAAGAUACACACACACGCACACAGAUACAAAU